ACCAUGAGAAACCCGCGACCUUCGCGUUAUUAGCACGCACGCUAAGCAGCUGAGUUACUUACUAUUAAACAUUCCUAUACAAUUUUGAUUUUUUUUUUUACGAAAAUCGGCGGAUUCAAAAACCACAAAUACAAUGUUAUUUUAAAAAUUUAAUUGCAUUUACCAUGCAAAAUUUUGAGGUGGCAUCAUCAAAUUGUUGACGUUAAAAUGCAUAUAAAAUUUGGCGACAAUAGAAGAUUUUUUGCUUAAUAAAAAUGGUCGCAAAUGACAAACGAUAUAUAUUUAGAAUGGCUGAAACGAGCGCGGUUUAUGUUUUGUUACUCUAGAGAUCAUGAAACGUUGAGAAAAUAUGAAAGUAGACAUUCACCGAUGGACCCUAAUACCGUACUCUACCUACCAAAAUUAACUAAGGUCCUAUUCUUUUUUAAAGUGAAAUUAGAGUGUAACGGACAAGAGUUUAUCAAAAUGCAAUUACAGUAUACAAAAGUCAAAAUGUAUUUUAUACACUGUCAUUUAAUUUUCACGACAUCACUCACUGGUUGGGAAUUUCUAUGUCCGUCACUAAAACACAAAACAUCCUGAAAAAAUUGUCCGAAUUACAAGUGCUUUCCCGGUAUAAUCUGCCGCCAAAGAACUCACUUCCGAAUUUACAAAAUACAAAUUCGUGUGACGCCAGUGAUAAAGAUACAGCUGAAAAUGGAUGCUCAACGAACGAAACGGGGUUUUCUCCACCAGACAGUUCAAAGAAAUUAGAAAGAAGAGCUUGCGCGGCAUGGACGCAUUUCAGUCAACAUAAAAGUCAGACCAGUUGUUUAAAAAACCAGUCUAUGUUCAGUUUUUGCCAAGAGAUCACCAGUACUGAAGACGAUCACGAUCAUCUAUUAGUGUAACAACAAAAAUGUUUCGAAUUAAGAACUGGGCAUUCUACGGUUUAGUGAUUGGAUUUUCCUUGUUUCACGUCGAUUGCCAAUCUAGUGAAUUAUAUGGCAGUUCCAAUUGCCAUAAUUCCAACGCUCCAGGAAAAUGUAUCCCUAUUACGAAAUGUACUUCAGCAUGGGAGGCAGUAAAAAAACAACGUUCCCAUGGGUUGAAACGUUGCGGCUUUCAAGGAAUUGUGGAAAUAGUGUGCUGUCCAGAUUCAGAGACAGAUAAACCACCUAACGACGACGACGACAAUGAAAAACCAACUUCAUUUAGAGGCGGCGAUGUAACCAGAAAGAGUCAAAAGGCGUGCGACAAGUAUUCCAGAACUUUACCAAUAGUUCUAUUCUACCACAUUGUGGGUGGAGAAAAUGCACAACUACGAGAAUUUCCUCACAUGGCCGCACUUGGUUUCUUCAUCAAAGAAGAAAAUAUGUAUAGAUUUGACUGUGGGGGUACUUUAAUUUCCCCUUAUUAUAUAGUAACCGCAGCGCACUGUCUUGUAAAUGUUCAGGGCAACGAGCUGAAGAUAGCUAGACUGGGUGUGAUCAAUGUUCCGGGAAUGGUGGAAAAGCCUGAUCCGAAAAUAGAUUAUAACGUAAUCGACGUUAAAAUACAUAAACAGUAUAAUGGCCGAAAAAGGUUCAACGAUAUAGCUUUAGUCAAGCUUGAGAAAGCAGUUACAUUUACCGAUACUAUUCGGCCAGCUUGCUUGUACACUAAGAAUGAUAACCCUGAUAAAAUAAUGGUAACUGGAUGGGGAGCUGUGGGCUUAGGAAAAGAGAGAAGUAAUAUUCUCCAAAAGGCUACUUUGAACCCUGUGUCUUUGCAAGAAUGUAGCCUCAUAUAUCAGAAAAAAGUUCAAAAACAUAUAACGAAAAAUCACAUAUGUGCUGCCAGCACUAUGAGCGAUGCGUGCCAGGGGGACUCAGGAGGACCUUUGCAGACACAAAGCAAGGCUAAUAUAUUAACAAUCGUUGGAAUCAUCUCAUACGGUAUUACCUGUGGUAGUCGAUAUCCCGGAGUUUACACAAGAAUUAGUCGUUAUUUAGACUGGAUUGAAGAGGUAGUUUGGCCAGGAGCAGUGUAGUAAAUUGCCGUCUCAGUACCAGUAUUUUUGGUAACUUUUUCUUACAAAUGUCACUAUUUUUACCUCAAACUUAAUUUAUUUUAACAUUUCAAAUAUAUACGUGUAAU